CCUUAUUUCACCAUUUGGUGUAUAGAGGGUAACUUAUUAGCCUUGCGAAGUAUAUAAAACUCAGAUUCGUGUCUAUGUGAAACGAUCUGUUUAAGAGAAGCUGUUUUUUGUUAAAAGGAAGAUCGUUUUCAUGUGUGAGAACGGAUUUCGUUUCGUUCGAAGAAAGUACAUGAUUAUCUCAGAAGACAAUAUAAUGGAGUUUUAAGAUAAAUAAUGAAUAACAUUUUUUUUUUAAUACAAAGUAAGGGAAUAUACCAUUUUUUUCCAGUCCAAAUGGCCAACAAAUGGAAUUGAUAAAACUUAUCGGACAACUUUGAGGUAAUUGACAUCAACAUGUGUGGGACAUCAUCAUUGUGGGCGAGACUAGCCCUUCUGUGUAUUGUUUUAUCCAUGAUCUUGUUCAUUGCUGGCUUCGCAACUACCUCCUGGAUGGUCUACGCCUUCACGUCCGGUGCCAAAAUUCGGGUAGGCCUAUGGAAGGCCCAGGCGUGUACAUCGGCGGGGACCUGUGCGGACAGAACGGUACCAGACUCGUACAGGACAGAUGGCUACCGAGGUACCCAGGCCAUGGAGGUGAUUGCCCUCUUGAUUCUCCUCGUAGCACCGAUCGCCGUGCUCGUCUACGUCGUGGUGGAGAACCUCAGGACCUGGACGUUUGCUUUCGUCUGUAUGAUUCUGUGUUUCUUGGCUGGCCUGUUCGUGACCAUUGGGAUGAUACUUUGGCUGGUGUACGUAACUAGUCCCUUCUACGUGGGCUUCUCAAUGGGACUGACGGUGAUGGGCGGCAUCCUUGCCAUCAUUGCUGGCCUCCUCUUCAUACCAGAGCUAGAGGAUGACAGCAACUAUCGCAGUGACACGCCUCCUCCCGAAAGGCGCUCCGUCACGCCCCCAUCACGCAUGCCGUCCAGAAACCUCAGAUCGGAACCUUUAAGACCAAUCGCAGUCAGCCCCUACCCUAUAGCAUACACAACUACCCCAAGGGCCAUGUUGACCCCUUAUUACUAAUAACAUUAAAGACCAACGAUACAUGUAGGCUCUAAGAAGUUGUUGUCAACAACUUCAACGUGUUUGAGUGUAGAAAUCGGAUAUUGCUUUUAACCAUGGACCUAUGACGUGUUUAUAGUCAAUGUACAGAACAGUGAGAUGUCAAGAACAUCUAAGGAAUGUGGACAAUGUGAUAAGUAGUUUGGAAACAGCCGGUGGUUCUUAUCUUUCAGGGACUUGAAUUGAUUACAACAAGCUUCAUUAGAUUAAUGACACUUUAAAAGUAGUUUAAAUCCUCGUCUUCAAAACUGUGUCCUGGAGUUCACAAUUUCUUUACACUUGCAAGACUUACACAUAAAUACUCUUAUUUCUACCCAUAUAAAUCUAGUAUCAAUCUGCAUAUGUACUUCAAGUCACCACAUCAUAGAUUUCUGAAAUACAACACAUGUAUAGCUUGCCAUUCCAAAACAUUUUUGUUAAGGUACCUAAGUUCAGGAAAUGAAUUAUCUAAACGUGAAUAAUUCCGUUUCAUUCAUUCAGAAAACAAUGAUUUUAGUGUUGGACUACCGAGGGGUACAUUGUAUGUUUAUUUUCGAACAGGGCUGAGUGCUGUCAAUGUGAAAGCACUUGCAAUUUAUAAAACAGGACAGACUAAUGUCGAUGUGAAGACACUAAAAAACAUAUAGAAUAUGGCCAUUUGUAUCCUUGAACUUCCUGGGGUUACGCUCACUUUCUAGAGUACGUUCUUUGCACUCCUGGGAUAUGUCAUGACAAAAUCGAAGGCAUGUGGUUAGCAACUUCAUUGGUUUCAGGUAACAAACGCCUGCCCAAUCUUAGAUUAACUUCUCGUUUGAAGAGUACAGAAGAGGGACAUCCAACACCAAAGCUGGUCAAUUUUACCGUAAUGCUGCCGCAGUUCUUUUGAUGUACAUCAAACUCAAACUAGGUCAAUUGUAUCAUUGACCAGGAGUAACGUACCGUGCCUUCAAUUUCGUCUUGACAUAUGCCAGGGGUUGUGCAGAGAAGUUAAGUGAUGGUAACCCUUGGAAUUUUGAGGAUGGGC